AUGAGCAUACAGGUAGCCGAUGUACUAAUAACAGCAAACGAUGAAAAAUUGCGCGAUCCAGAAGGAUAUGAAGCUAUAACGAGGUUACACCAUCAAAUGGAUGACGAUCAGUCUGGUUCCAUCGAUCGGUUCGAAUCAACAGAUUUUUUAAAAGAAGAUAUGCAGUUGGGAGAUAUGGAUCGGGCCAAGCGAGAACGUGCUUUUCAUCAUAACCAUGAUGAGUUGAUAACAGUAGAUGACUUAUGGGAAGCGUGGUUUGCAUCUGAGGAGCGCUCCUGGACAACAGCUGAUAUGGUGAAUUGGUUGGAAAGUACAGUUCGUCUUCCUCAGUAUGCAUCUGUUUUCAUUGGGAUGGAAAUUGACGGUCGCGCUUUACCCAGAAUGGCUGUCGCUAAUUCGACUUAUUUAUUGUCCGAUUUAGGCAUCAAAAAUUUGGUACAUAAGCAGAAAUUGCGUCUAAAGGCAUUAGAUGUCGUUCUAUUUGGUUUCAGUGACGGUAAUGCAUCUCGGCUUAAAGACAUUGCUUUAUCAGUCUUAGUGAUUGUACUAGUUACGGUACUUUUUGUUCUCAAAAUGCAGCGAACACGAUCACAUUUACAAAUGGAACAGCUGGCGGCGAAGUUAUCACAGCUAAGAUCAAUGCAAAGCGCUUUUGAAGAUAUCCAGCAGAGAUUUGAAGAGGAGCAAAAAAAACGACAAUCGAGUCGUGGUGCACCAGAAAGCGAACAAGUUGAAACGCUGAAGUCACAACUUAUGGAAGUUGAACGCUUGCUGGAAAGUUCUGUUUCGGCUCCUCUUGCUUUGCAGCCACUGUUAAGGAGGACAUGUGAACUAGAAAUAAGUUAUGUUGGACAGCAGCGGAUGGAAUGCAUUGCUGAAAUGAGAGAGGCCAUUGAACAUAUUGAUAAACUUCGGAAAAAGCAGUCAAGCCUUGUUUCUUCUAUUAAACUUGCGACGGGUGCUUCAUCGGGAACAGACCACAUCGAUUCACGCAUUUUUGCUUUGAAAGCCCGAAUGGAGAAAAUCUCAUUGGCAAUGAGUGAAUGUCACCAGCGAUGGACUGAAAUUGAAUCACUUUGCGGUUUCCCUUUGGUUCCUACAUCAGUUACAGCUGAAAUGGUGUUUCCUUCUACAACGACAAGUAGUGUGUUACCGAGAACCGGAUCUUCCAGUUCGUUUUACCGUAAAUCGGAUUUAGUUGGCGCUACAGUGACUGCAAGCUUGGCUUCAUCUUCUACGUCUGCAAAUAGUCCGCCUGCUAUAAUCGAAGCUUCGUCGGAUAUUAGCAAUCGAAUAUCAUCACCUAUUUGUUUGUGUGCGCACAAGGGUUUUACAUCUGCGGGAGCUCGAUAUUUGGAUUCUUUAAAUUUGCAAAGACACGUUCACGAGAACGUAAAUGCUCCAAGACCCCUAAAAUUUGUAGCUGAUAGCAGUGAACUACUUCAACGUUCUACAUCUUCUGGAUCGUUUAACAAAUCUCGACAUCUUGGACCUACUGCCGAAAUGCAGAAAUCUCAAAAUCAAAGUAUCAGUUCUCUCAUGGAAACUAUUACUGAUGCUCAGUUUAUAUCCGCAGCUUCAGCAGUUACUAAAAUGACUGCCACCACUGCGUCUCAAACAACAACUGUCAAUCGCUUUUUACCGUUCAAGCAAGAUCUAAAGUUAUUGAAACGAAGUCUAUCAAAUGCAAUAUUCAGAUCAUCUUCAUCGCAUACCAAAAAUGGAUUUAUGGUGAUUAAGGAGAAAAACACGACCGGUGUUUCAGCAGCUGGUAACAAUAAAAAGUUGGAAUUUGGAAAUCUAUUUCAGAAAAGUUCAAGAGUUUAACUCAGCUGGUUUAAUUCAUUUCAAAAUUCGCGUGCAUUCUUGCCAUAAAUGUUUACCUUCGUGGUUUUCUGCUGCAAAUAACUGCUGCGAUUUUUUAUGCAGUUUCAAAGGUUUUGGUUCAUUGUCAACUGUUAAUGACGAUUUUUUUGCUGGUUUUCAUAUUCCCUUAUGUAUAUAUAAUGUUCAAGAAAAAGAGGCAGA